AUGACCGUCCCCUCACUGGAGGAGCUGGACUCGUUCAAGUACAGUGACCUGCAAAAUUUGGCCAAGAGUCUGGGCCUCCGGGCUAACCUGAGGGCAGACAAGUUGCUAAAAGCCUUGAAAGCCCACCUGAAAAAGCAAGCAAGAAAAGAAAACGAAAAUCAGGAUGAAAGUCAGACUUCUGCAUCCUCGUGUGAUGAGACUGAGAUACAGAUUACCAGCCAGGAGCAAGCUGAGAGGGAGUCAGCGGGCUGUGUCACCAAAACAAGGAGAAGGCGCAGGACUGCCCACAGCAAUCCUGACUCCCGACAGAAUCAUUCAGAGAUAAAAGCAAGUGAUCCCACUGAGUUCCAGAAUCAAGAAAAGCAGGAAAACCAGAUUCUCAGAACUGCUGCAGAAGUUCCUUCUCCACCAGAUGAAAGCCAAGGAGUUGAGAAUACAGUGUCCUCAGGAAAAGGUAAUGAAGAUUCAAAGAUACCUUCAGAAAGAAAAAAGUCUGCUUACACAGAGGGGUUUUCCAAAUCUGGAAAAAAUAAAAGAAUUGCAAACACUACUCCAAACUUUAAGAAGCUUCAUGAGGCUCGUUUUAAGGAAAUGGAGUCCAUCGAUCAAUAUAUUAAGAGAAAAAAGAAACAUUUUGAACAACACAAUUUACUUAACGAACUGAAGAAGCAGCCCGUCACUAAGGACGUGGUGACAACUCCAGUUGGCCUCCAAGGAAGGCUCUCCAUGGCUCGCACUCCUGCAAGCCAGCGGCAUUCACGGGGCCGGGCCCAGGGCACUGCAGACCGGAGCACCUUGGGUGUGAAGGGGUCAGUCAAGCGCCCCACUCUCUCGGCAACUAAAAUGAACGUCAGGUUUUCAGCUGCUACUAAAGAUAAUGAGUACAAGCGUUCACUGACCAAGACUCCAGCCAGAAAGUCUCCACAUGUGACCAUAUCUGGGGAUACCCCGAAAGGCCAGGCUCUGCUUGAGACAAACAAGUUAAAGACCAUAAAGAGGGAUUCUGCUCCAGUUUUUACCCCAUUCAAGUUGUCAGCUGGUGCAGCACAGACUCCAGUUUCCAACAGGAAACCAGUAUUUGAUCUCAAAGCAAGUUUGUCUCGUCCCCUCAACUAUGAGCCACACAAAGGAAAACUUAAACCAUGGGGACAGUCUAAGGAAAAUAAAUCUUUGAAUGAAAAUCUAAACAGAGUUAGCUUCCAUAAGAAAACUUACAAACAACCUCGUCUCCAAACCAGGGAGGAGCAACGGAAGAAACAUGAGCAAGAACGAAAGGAGAAGAAAGCAAAGGUUUUGGGAACUCGAAGGGGUCUCAUCAUGGCUGCAGAUUAAUAGGUUUAACAUCCUGUAAAUAUUCCUUUAUUCUGAACCUUUUUUUGUAAAUAUUAUACUGUUCUUCCCACUUUAGUCGAAAGAUCUUUUUCUUCACUUUG